AUUCGGAGAUAUUCCUCGAAAACUCGGGGAAGGUGACGUCAACCCGUUUUAGCGCUUCGCUACUGAAAUGUCAAACGAUUCGUACGGCCCGCGGAUUUUUCCGAAACCUGUUGUACCGAUAGGGCGACACUUGAAAUUGAAAUUUGAGGUUACGGCAGUAACAGCUGUUUUUGUGGAAAGGUGAACUACACGUGUUCGGGCAAAAAUGAGUGAAAAAAGUGAUUCAGAAGGACCAGAAACAAUCGAAGAGGAGAAGGAGAAGGAAGUCACCUGGAAGGACUUGGGAAUUGUCGAUUCGCUGUGUCAAGCGUGCGAGGAACUCAAGUGGAAAGCUCCCACCAAAAUCCAGAGGGAAUCCAUCCCUCUGACCCUUCAAGGAAAAGAUGUCAUUGGAUUGGCAGAGACUGGCUCUGGGAAAACAGCAGCAUUCGCCUUGCCAAUUCUCCAAGCCCUGCUGGAGAAUCCCCAGAGGUACUUCGCCCUGAUCCUGACACCCACCAGAGAAUUGGCAUUCCAGAUAUCAGAACAAUUUGAAGCACUGGGGUCUAGUAUUGGAGUGAAAUGUGCGGUGAUCGUGGGUGGGAUGGACAUGAUGUCUCAGUCCCUAAUUCUCGCGAAAAAGCCCCAUAUUCUCAUAGCCACCCCAGGACGAUUGGUCGAUCACCUGGAGAACACGAAGGGCUUCAACCUGCGCUCCCUGAAAUUUCUCGUUAUGGACGAGGCUGACAGAAUUCUCAACAUGGAUUUCGAAGUCGAAGUCGAUAAAAUACUGCGGGUGAUUCCUCGCGAGCGCAGGACCCUCCUCUUCUCAGCCACAAUGACGAAAAAGGUUCAGAAGUUGCAGAGGGCAUCGCUGAGGAAUCCUGUGAAGGUCGAGGUGUCGACGAAGUACCAAACGGUGGAGAAAUUGCAGCAAUACUACAUAUUCAUCCCCACGAAAUUCAAGGAUGUUUAUCUAGUUCACAUUCUCAAUGAGCUCGCAGGGAACAGCUUCAUGAUUUUCUGUGGUACCUGCAACAACACAGUACGCACAGCACUACUGCUUCGUAGUUUGGGAUUCAUGGCUGUUCCACUGCACGGGCAGAUGACGCAGAACAAAAGAUUGGCUGCUUUGACAAAGUUCAAGGCGAAGAACAGGUCUAUUCUCAUUUCGACUGAUGUUGCCAGCAGGGGUUUGGACAUCCCUCACGUGGAUGUAGUGAUAAAUUUCGAUAUUCCAACGCACAGCAAGGACUACAUCCACCGAGUUGGAAGGACUGCGCGUGCAGGACGCUCCGGGCGUUCGAUAACAUUCGUUACUCAAUACGACGUUGAGUUGUAUCAGAGAAUAGAGCAAUUGAUAUCCAAGACUCUGCCCCUUUACAAUACCGAAGAGGAGGAGGUCAUGCUGCUGCAGGAGAGAGUGGCAGAGGCUCAGAGGAUAGUCAAAAUGGAGAUGAAGGAUAUGGAAGAUGCAAAAAAAUCGGGGAAACGUAAGAAGGGACAGAAUGCCGACGACGAGGAUGACACAGAACAAUCAUCUGGUGUACGUAAACGUGUAAAAUCUAAAUUCAAGGGUAAACGUAAAUAAUUAAAAGAAAAAAGAUCAAAAUAUCACAAAAUGAAGUUAGAAAAAAUUAAACAUAUGAGAAAUACUUUUACAUUUUAAAUAAACGUGAUUCGAGACUCUUAAGUAUUUUAUGUACACGAGAAUGACAGAAAGAAAAUUAUCAAAAAAUAACUGGUCUUGAAUUUUAAAAUCCUAAAAAUUUAACUUUACAAUUUUUCAAGAUUCACUCUCAACAAAUCAAUUCGUUCAGGUGGAAAAUAAAUGUUUUUAGUUUUUUUCUGAGAAAUAAAAUGAUGUGUAUAUUCCAUAAUAAUAUUAUCAACUAUUUCUACACAUUCUGUACAGUAAAUUUCAUUUUUCAUCAA